AUGGAGACUCCGGAGAGCGAUGCAGCGGUCACAGACUUGGGGAGAGCGGAGGAAAGAGACGGGUUUUAUGAUCUGGAGCAUCUGCCGCCGCUGCUGGAGGAUGAGGAGAAUGUGUCUCUGGCAGACAUCCUCUCUCUGCGGGACAGCUGUCUGUCUGAGGACGAGGUGUGGGCUGUGUGUGCACAGUGCGUUGUGGCGCUGCAGAGCAUCAGACCGUCCCACCUCUUCCACACCCUGUGUAUAACCCCAGACACUCUGGCCUUCAACGCCCAUGGGAAUGUCUGCUUCAUGGAGCAGCUCAGCGAUGAUCCAGAAGGCUCCUUUGUGCCUCCUGAGUUUGACAACACGGGCAGCACGUUUGAGGGCCAUGUUUACUCUCUGGGCUCCACGCUUUCUGCCGCGCUGAACUUUGUCAUCGAGCCAGAGCUGGAGGCAGAGCUGGGGGAAGAAAUCCAGAGGCUGCUGGAGCAGAUGCAGGAGGAGAAGCCCGAGGACAGGCCGCUCCUGCAGGACAUCCUCUCUCUGGCUGAAGCUCGGCUGUCUCAUACCUCCUCUGCAGCCGUGUGCCGGAAGCUGUCUUCUAUCGGCCGACGGGUCCUCUCCAUCGAAUCCGUGUCAACCUUUCAAGAUGGACAGGAAGGCUCCUGGGAGGCAAGAUGGCAGCAUCCCAAACCCAGAUGUCUGCUUAAAAGGCUGAGCUCAGAUGAUAAUACCAAAGACCUGUGUGUCGACAGCUCUGUUAAAGCAAAUGGUCUGUCCAGGCUGCAGGUGUGCGGAGGCUGGGAUUCCUCUCUCUGGGCGGAGGACAUGGACGGCGACGAAGCAGGCGGCAUGAUCUUGGCAGAUGACUUCGACUGCAGGUCCGACAACAGCUCCCCAGUGAGGAGGAGGGCCCAGCAGAGGCUGACCCGGGUCAGGGGGGCUCUCAACCGCUCCUGCUCUGUCCCAGACUCCAACAACCCCCCUUGCCUUUCCCACCCAAGUCACGGAGACAUCAGUGUUCCUGUGUCCGACCUCACUGAGAUAGGGGCGGAUGAGCGCUUGAGCUGCAAGUCUGCGUGGAGCGACAGACUUCAAAGACUCAACAAGUCCUGCGAGUCUUACCCACACACUAGCACCGAGGAGUGUGUGACCCCCGCUGUGGACGACCAGGUGUCAGGGGGAAAUGAGGAGGCUUCGGAGGCACGGUGCAGUGGGGAAACAAAGACUCAAGGAUUCCCCGAAUGUGAAUCUAACAACUGCACCCAGGAUUCAGCGUCUUCCUGCGCCUCCUGUCAGGAGCUGGAACUGGAACAGGACUCUUCUGGAGACCAGAGCUCGCUGAACCACAGACUCUACAUUCCUAAUAACCACAUGACCAAAAGCAUGCUGUGCCUCAAUGAAGAAUCUCAGGAUGAGUGGAUCUCUCUCAGAGAGUUACUUACUCGCUGUGGACGGAGGCUGACAGUUAAUGAGCUGUGGGCUCUGUGUUACACCUGCCUGUCCUCGCUGCAGACCUACAUAGACUUUCCAGCCUAUUUAUGCCUGGACACAGUGCACGUGGGCUGCGAGGGAGAAGUGCUUUUCUUGAAACCGAAAAACAUAGAAUCCCGAGAUGACUUUUACCUCGCUCCUGAAUAUCAAGAACACGGAAUUGUGACCGAAAAGGUUUGUGUGUACGGGGUUGCCGCUAUUCUCUGGGCUACAGCCAAGUUCAGUUUAUCGCCCAAUCAAAAACUGGCAAUGCCUCGCAAACUGAAGAGACUGCUCCUGGAGAUGGCAAAGAGGACGCCCAUCGAAAGACCUUCCAUCAUCACGGCCAAAAAAAGCUGUCGUGACUACUUAUCACGUCAAGGGACGAACGCCGAGACCGUCUGGAACAACCUCAUCAGCCGAGUUCACCCGCCAGCGUCCAGUGAUGCAGACAAUUUGAGUGCAACUGAUGCUCAUCAAAGCUCAUGUGAAGAGUCUGCACAGAACAGCAGCUUUGUGCCCAUGGCCACUGAGAGCCGACUGGCUCCUGUGCCUGGCCCUGUUCCCCACAGCUACCCAGUCAACAAGGAACUCCAACUCCCAGAAGCCUUCACUUCCACUGCCACACACUUCUCCCCCAUCGUCCUGACCGAUGAAGGGGACUCAGAGGAGGAGAGCCAGCAGCUUGGGGCUGCUGUUGAAGGGUCUGUGGAUGGAUUCACAAAAAGCACCGAGCACAACGAGGACAUGGGCUUCGACUUCACCUCACACUCUGAUUACCCAUAUCCUACACAGACUGAACCCAAUCUACAUACACGGGAGCUUCCUGUAAGUCAGGCGGCCGGAACUACAACUUCCAGUGACAAGAUGCUGGUCAACUCCACUUCUGCUCUCCCUGAUAUUUCCUGUCUUGAAGUCUCUCUUCCUCAGCCAUUACCCACUAACCUCAAUGGCUGUAGUGUUUUCAACAAUUACCUCUUCCGUCAAGAUCCCACAACAGGGCAUCUUUCCUUAGUGCCUGUGCAGGUUAGGGCUCCAGAGCCUCUCCUUGGCCUGGAUAUAAAUCUCUCCCUGGUCCCACAGCCUUUGCAGGGACUAAUCACAGUUCCAGAGAACUCUGAUGGUCCAUUUAUUAACUGUCUGAAUGUGCCUGUGAGGCCUGAACCUCAGGAUCAUGGCCCACCAUCAUCUUAUUUCAAAGGUAGCUCCAUCAUGUCUAACAGCCCCUCGGAGCACAGUGUUCCCAGAGCUGACAAUGGACAAACAAAUCCAGCAACACGAGGUGAGAACCAGCCGCCUUCCAAGUCCAGCUCCCCUAAAGUCCACCCUGCCCUGCAAGAGGUGAUUGACCUGCUCAAGGGAGAGUUUUCACUUGAUGGGUGUUUGGACAAUGGACAUGAGGACAUUGUCAUGGGGGAGUACAUCUUCUCUUUGAAGGACCUCCAGUACCACACGUUUGCCAGCGUUGUCAAGGAGAGAUUCAGUGAUUUGUACUGGGAAGACGACUUGCUGGGCGUAUUGCACUGCCUGGUUAACUACAGCCCGUCCACACUUGGCUCUAAUGAGCAGCCUCCAUCAAAGGCUGUGAAAAGGGCAGUCCUUACCCAACCCUUGAUAGCCACUGCCUGGGCAGGGAAGAGGGAAGUUUGCCUGCAUGGCUGUCUCGACCUGAAUGGAAACAUUCACACGUCCAGUCCCGCCGCUGCUGUGGAUUGUUGGGGAGGAAGCGAGGCCCGGUCCUGUCGUGGAGAAAAUGAGGCUGCGCUUGAAGACUUUGAAUUAAGAUCGGAGGGGAGUCAACACUGCGUCGGUCAAGGCGCGAGCACCGACGGUUCGGACGCAGGGGUCAUGGAGGGAGGAGAUCAUUCAGCGGGGGGCAGCGAUGAAAGCCCCUCUGAAGCCGAGUUUUUGUUGGGGAGAGAGGAAGGCCUGACGGGAGCCCAGUACGAGCAGAUCAGCCCCGACUGCUCGGAGGAUAUGGAGGACAGUGAUUCUCUGGCGUCGGAGCAACUCCUCCCGCCUGGAUCCAGAGCGGAGGGUCCGGGCCUCAGCUUCAGCUCAGCCUGGGCCUUAGCCUUCUUUGGGGAGGAUUGUUUUAGUCCAGAGGUGUUGCAGUAUGCAGCGAAUCUGGGGCAGCACACAGGAUCACCGUGUCUGGAUGUGAAAACACAGGAACUGCAGCAGCAGCUGAUUAUUGAAACGCGGAAUCUAAAGAAAACGAGAAAUUUCUACCAAAAGCUGAUACAGCAAGAGAGGAAAAACAAAGGUUCUGAGAGCAAACUGAUGCUGUCCAAGCUCAAGUCCCAGUUUGAAGAGCUCCGGUCCAAAGUGGUCUUCCUGGAUUGUGUGAAGAGAUACCUUGAGAUCCUGAGUGUGGACCAGUGGGGUUUAGAGGUUUCGUUGCUGCCGUCUUUGGCUGUCUGUGCACCAGGCUCUCUGGACCUCCAAUCCUCUGAGGACUCGACUCUCCUGAGCUUUGGCACCAGCAAAGGGAAGAGCACUCUGCAAGCUGGCUCUCCUCUGGGCCUCAUGGCUUACCUCUACGCCAGAAAUGCUGCGGUGGAGGGAUACAUCCAGCAGUUCCUGUAUACCUACCGCUUUUUCUCUACUCCUGAGCAGCUACUGCAGUUUAUAAUGGAUAAAUUCAUCAGUGCUGCAAGACAAGGUCCAGACAUGUCAGGAGACAGUGAAAAAAUCUUCCAUCGCAGUCUGGACUUGCUUCAGUUCUGGAUCACAGACUGCAGACAGGUGGACUUCACACCAAAGUCCAGCCUUGUGGAUAUGGUAGAAAACUUCCUUAAUACUGAGGUGAUUCCUGUGGACGGCCGAGGGGAGGCCCUUCUCGCUGCUCUCCACAGUUCUCCAUGUAUGAGCCAAAGAAGAGGAAGCCUGAUCAGCUUUGAGGAAGAAGACGAUGCUACGUGUGUGCAUUCAUCUACUGAGGACCUUGGGAGAAAGUGGAGAUUCUCAAGAGUAGUGGAGCCUUCUGCAUCGCUGCCCAAAGAGAAGGCCUUCUCCAUUUCCACAGCCCUGCCUGUGCCUUGCUACGGCUCCAUGGUGGAUGACCUCUCCAGCGUCUGCCUGCACAGUGAGGAGCGACUCCCCUUCAGCCAGAAUGAGUGCAGCGCACAGCACGUAGCCCAGCAGCUCACCCUCCUGCAGCAGGAAAUGUUCCAAGGAUGUCAUCCAGUUAAUUUCCUUAACUCCAGAACACAAGGAGUCCGGGACAAAGUGUUGACCCCAAACAAGAAUGUGUCUCAGAAUAUCCCGCCAGCAGAGGGCAGCAGUCAUCCUCUGAGCGAGGGACCGAUGGACAGCUACCUCCAGCAGCUGCUCACAUAUGCUGACAGCGUCUCCAACUGGAUCUCUGCUGAAAUAGUCAUCUGUGACUCCGUCAAGACACAAGUUGCUUUGCUGACCAAGUAUCUGUGGCUAGGCAAACACUGCUACGAAUCAAGGAACUUUGCCACAGCCAUGCAGGUCCUGGGGGGUCUGGAGAACGUGAUUGUCAGGCAAUUACCAGCUUGGAAACAUCUGUCUUCCAAGGUGUGUGAGAUCCUGGAGGAGCUACGAGCUGUGCAGGUGUUUCUGAAGAGUGACGACUUGUGUCUCAUGAGGGGAGAACACGCGAAGAGGAGGCCCACCCUGCCGUCAGUGCACAUCUUGGCCAUGCACGUCCAGCAGCUGGAGAUCGGAGCCUUCACGCUCACGACUGGAGCUUACAAGUGGACCAAGCUCAGGAGCAUAGCAAAGGUUGUGAGUCAGGUCCACGCCUUCCAGGAGGCUAUAUGCCCCUACAGCCCUGAUCGGAAGAUGCAGGCCUACCUUCGGCGCCGCAUCGCCCGGCUCGCCACCUCUGACAUCCACCUCUUGGCCGCCGACAACGAUGCCAACUUCCAGCAGUCGAGCGAGCGACAAACACGGCGGAUCCAGGACACGCUGAGGAGGGUUAAGGCCACUUUCCAGUGAGCUGUGGCGCAGUCACAUCUCACUGCCCAGAGCCAGAAGCGACCACCAGGUCAGCGCCCCGUGUCCGAACCCAGACUGAGAGUCCAUGCUCGUGCCACGACCCUCAGAUGCCUCUGCUGUAGUGGCAGCAGAGCCUUGUGGACUGGAAAACUUUUAUUCUGCUCUUACAUGUUCACUCUUUGUUGAAGGGGCCCUUUACCUUUAGUCAAUAAUGUCGGUUUAGACUUUCGGCAAAACUUUAUUUAAAACUCACACCCUUACGUUGACACAGGUUUUGCAGUUGAUCACAUGUAGUUUCCCCUCACAAAUCUGUACUGUUUUGAUAAUGGCCUUUCUCUCCCAUAAAGAGAAGGAAAAGGAUUCUUCUUCGGCUCAUGUGCUUACUGACAUUUUUAA